ACCAGCAGAGAUCAGUUCAGCAGCAGCAGCAGUCUGGUUGGUAUCACCUCUAUCAGUCUACCAGCAGCAACAAGCCUGUCCGACCGACACGGUCUGUGAACACACACUAACAAAAUGCCCGGGCAGUGAGCGGAGAGGACAGGCAGGACUGUCCGGAUAUCUUCGCUGGAUACUGUGGAGGUUUUCUGGCCGACAGACCCGAGUCUCCUGCGUCGUCUCCGCAGCAUUAGGCCUCAUGGAGCUGGGGACUCAACGCCUGCUGUGCACCAGGGAGCUCGAUCCAUGCCCGGUUCCCAGCAAACAACCAUAAAGGGUGGGAACCUUGAUUACCCUUAAGUUCUUUUUUCCCCAUCCCUCCCCCUACAUUGCCCCUGUGGUGAUAUUGUCCUCUCCCCCCUGUGGUCUGCAACAUGAUUGGCAAGCUGAAACAGAACUUGCUGGUGGCCUGUCUGGUCAUCAGCUCGGUCACGGUCUUCUACCUUGGCCGCCACGCCAUGGAGUGCCACCAUCGCAUCGAAGAGCGCAUGCAGCCGGGCGGGAUACUGCCUCUGUCAGCGCUGGGAGGCAGCAUGCGGACUACCUUACGGACAGGCCAGAAUCUCAGCACGCCUUUUAUUUACAACAAAGACAUGCCGCUCAUCUUCAUCGGUGGAGUGCCCCGCAGUGGGACCACGCUAAUGCGUGCCAUGCUGGACGCCCACCCUGAGGUACGCUGUGGCGAAGAAACCCGCGUCAUCCCUCGUAUCCUGGCCAUGAAGCAGAUGUGGAGCCGUUCGGGCCGGGAGAAGAUGCGCCUGGACGAGGCCGGUGUGACAGAUGAGGUGCUGGACGCCGCCAUGCAGGCCUUCCUGUUGGAAAUAAUUGUCAAACAUGGAGAGCCCGCCAACUUUCUCUGCAACAAGGACCCUUUUGCUUUGAAGUCGCUUUCCUACCUGGCCAAAAUCUUUCCCCGUGCCAAGUUUUUACUCAUGAUUCGUGAUGGCCGGGCUUCGGUCCACUCGAUGAUCUCACGGAAGGUGACUAUCGCCGGCUUUGACCUGGGCAGCUACCGGGACUGCCUGACCAAGUGGAAUCGGGCCAUAGAGACCAUGUACACUCAGUGCCUGGAGGCGGCGGACAAAUGCCUACCUGUGCACUACGAACAGUUGGUCCUUCAUCCUGAGAAAUGGAUGAAGACACUGCUGAAAUUCCUUGACGUUCCUUGGAAUGACGCCGUCCUCCACCAUGAGGAGCUCAUUGGGAAAGCAGGAGGAGUGUCCCUCUCCAAGGUGGAGAGGUCCACAGACCAGGUCAUCAAGCCUGUCAACGUGGAGGCCUUGUCCAAGUGGGUUGGGAAGAUCCCAGCUGAUGUCGUAAGGGACAUGGCUGUCAUCGCCCCCAUGCUGUCCAGACUGGGCUACGACCCCCAUGCCAACCCUCCCAACUAUGGCCGGCCUGACCCCAAAGUCCUGGACAACACCAGAAGGGUCUUUAAAGGUGAAUUUCAGCUACCAGAUUUCCUAAAAGAACAAUCACAGAUUCAGAAGUCUGCAGAGAGACCCAACCCCAGUUAGGAGCAGCGGGGGGGCCGUAACCACAGCACACAGGAGCAGAGGUGAAGUGGAACAGAAAAUCACAUACAUCGUCUAACCCAUCUCACCGUCUGUGUUGGGCCUCGGCACGUUUCAAAGGUCACAUGACCACAGCAGGACCGUCUCCUCACCCGAGUCUACGGAGAACUCUUGGCCUUCGAUGUUGUACUGUACAAAAACGAAUACUAAUACUUCUCACAACCACAGAAUGUCUGCUGAUUGUUAUUUUUCGUGUCACAUCACGCUCAUCGAUUUUUAGAAAUGAUUUCUGGCUAUUUAGAAAAAAACUCUGUGAUUCUGUUGUAAGAAACUGCAGUGAACUGAAAUCGCAAGAAGCAUUUAUGAAUGGAAAAUUAGCUUUUGGAAGAUGCAAUACCUAUUUUAAUGUUACUUUUUUUUCAUGCCUUUGUAUUGUGCAAUGUCAUGGGUACUGAUCAGUAUCAACGUGAUAAACAUUGUUUUUUUAAAA